AUGCUGGGCCCUCGAGUCUGGUCCCCUGUAAGGCAGGGGCUGAGCAGAGGCUUGUCUAGGAAUGUGGGGGGCCGGGCCUCAAAGGAGGGGAGGAAGUUGGACAUCGCAGGCAUCUAUCCCCCUCUGACCACCCCCUUCACUGCCACCUCAGAAGUGGACUAUGGGAAACUGGAGGAGAACCUGCACAAACUGGGUGCCUUCCCCUUCAAAGGAGCGGUGGGGGGCGUGUGUGCCCUGGCCAAUGUCCUGGGGGCUCAGGUGUGCCAGCUGGAGCGACUCUGCCUCACAGGACAAUGGGAAGAUGCCCAGAAGCUACAGCACCGUCUCCUUGAGCCAAACACUGCGGUGACGCGGCGCUUCGGGAUCCCGGGGCUGAAGAAAACCAUGGACUGGUUUGGCUACUAUGGAGGCCCCUGCCGGGCCCCGUUGCAGGAGCUGAGCCCUGAUGAGGAGGAGGUGCUGCGCUUGGAUUUCACCAACAAUGGCUGGCUCUGAGGGCAAGGAAAGGACAGGCAGGAACCCAUCUCAGCUCGACUUGUACCUGCAGCCAGAGAGGAACAUGGGAACAAGAGGGUUCGUGGCUCCCUUUCCUACUUGUCCUUCAGGUGCCUCUCACUAGGUGCCAUGCAUGCUCAUUUCCUUUUCUUACAACCCCAUGACUUCUUGAAUUUGUAUCCUAAACUCUGAGUCUCUAGAGACCUUCAGUCUGGGCAUGAGCGAAUGCUUACUGUCUCUCUACUGUAGUUUCCUAUGCCCCAAGAGACGUGAGCCAGGAGCAAGAGGGGAAGGGUAGAGGCAGCUGGGCACAGGAGGGCUGUGUAUCUGAAGGGAGGACUACUUAGACUUGAGGAUACAAACCUGAUUCUAGCACAAGCAGGGGAAGCUACUCUAAGAAUCCCCGUUCUGACUCUUUCUGGGGAUGUGAUCAGAAAAAUGUCACUUGUCUUUGAAAGCCUUCCCCCCCGCCCCCAAGAUGCAUUCCAGCCACAGUGCCCUUUCCUAAAUCCAUUUUGAUUCAUUGCAUAUUCUUGUCUCUAGCUUUGAUCUCAAAUUUCAAGUGCACAGAGACAACCCAGAAUUGGUAAAUAAUGACACCUAGUGGAUAAAUGUUACAUUCUAGAGGAUUUUUAUCAACACAGGUCUGAAACAUUAGGAAAGGGGGCUUGGCCUGAGACAGGACCAUCCUCUUGCCUAUAGGCACUCUGCUUUUAUUGUUAAAAAUAAUUACUUUGUUAUUGCAAUAAAGUU